AUACUAAAUUAAAAACGAUAAGUAAACAGCUGAUUGGCCGGAAAUAAACGAACUGCAACUGACAGCAGCCAGCAACCAACUAGUAAACAAAGCACUCGCUGCCUUCAAUUUUCGCCGCAAGUCAAUAUAGCCAGCUCGCUCGUACGCACAGUGUAAACAAAAACGCGGAACCAGUUUACCAGUGUUGCCAGUGCGCGCACACUGUCGAAUGUAUACAAAAAUACAUGUAAGCGUGUAUGUGUGUGUAUAUGUAUGUAUUUGGGUAAAUAGUAGUGAAAACUAUCGGCAAACGCCGUCGGGAUAUACAAAUGUGGGAAAAAUGCAGGCAAUCGCUGGCUGAGCAAGAGUUUCGAAGCGGUCGCCGUCGUGUACGAACGUAAAACGAGCGUGAGCGCGUAACGUAGUGCGCCAGCGAGAAAAAAAAACAGGCUUAAUAUAAUAAUAAGCAUAUUGCAGACAAAUAUUAAAAUAUAUUUGUUAAUAAAUAUAAGAAAAAAGAAUCGUGUAUAACUGUUAAAUAUAACAGUGCUUACAAUAACAAAGUGUUUGAUAGUGCUUUUUGUGGCAAACAAAUAACAAGUUUGUGCUGGAAAAGCAGUUAAACGAAAACGAAAAGCAGUGUUUGCUUGUGUGACAGAACGUUGACGUCGCAGCGCGCGUCCCAAGUUAUUCUAACGAAAUCGAACGACUUUUACGCGAGGAAAUCAUGUGAACUGCGUUAAAUCGCAGCGAAAAUAGUCUAUCCAACUGGCAGCAAUGCAAGCAGCGCUGUCGCCGUCAAUUUGUGUGUGUGACUGUAUGUAUACUCGUAUGUGUGCCUGUGUUAGCAGAAAAUGUGUGGGUAGUUUGAGAUGGCAGCGAGAUAAAUGCAGUUUACAGUGCUGUCAGUGGUUGAUUGCAGCAUGAAUUGAAGUUGUUGUGCGCCUUAAAGAAUUUGUGGACAACACUCACUACGCUAUAUUCACCACAAGUGAUUGUCAUUAAGCUGUCAGUGAAGCCAACAUACUCAACACAACAGCUGUCAAAGUGACAUAUAAAGAGCGGACUCAAAUAACUAUGAAAAAACACUCAGCAAUUAACACAUGAAGGCAGGCAGCAGGAUUGUUUGCGACACAUAAGCUGUGGUGGAUUUUUGCAAGCAAAUUUAUAACAGCUGAGCGGUUGAGUAGGAGAAGAGAGAGUGAGUGAAAUUAGGAGAGUGUGAUUGCAUUCUAGACGGCGCGCGAGAGAGCGUGUGCCUGCAGCAAAGGCGCUUACUGCCUGCGAAGCCUUGCCAAACACCAGCCACUGACAGAACUGAGCAGCACAGCGAAGCGAGCUGUCAACGGGCGUUAAUAACGGAUCGAAUUGCGUGUGCUGCGCUACGAAAACGAAGUUGUUGUGAAAUUAUUUAUAAAAUUGGCAAAUAUUUGUGCGUUUAAAACGAAUUUGUAGUAUAAAAUUAUAGAAUAUUAUAAUAAAUACAAAUAAGAGAAGAAUAAAUGAGCGUAAAACGGUAAAUAGCAAGCGUAAAAGUGAAAAUCUGUGCGCAUAAAGGCUAACUCACCAACAUUUUUUGGGUGUGAAAACGAAAGUGAAAAUUUAGCACACAAACGAGAAACGAGUGCGCGCGUACGAGGCGACGGCGGCGGCGGCACAGCAAGUCCACCUCCACUCCCAAGUGAGACGGCGGCGGGUAAAUAAGAGUGAGGCGCGCGCGGAUAACGGUGAAUCGUGCGACGUGCGUGUAGAAAUUGUGGAACGCGUUUGGGGGCUCGCAACGGCCAACGAGACAUCGGGACGUCGCUGCAGAGUUACAGCUACAGCACUUGAGUCGACUGGAUAGUCUAGCAAGGAUGCUGUGCGUCGCUCUGAAAUAACAACAAGCGUCAAUUUAAUAGUGAGCGUGAACAAAAAGGCAUAAUUUUAAGCAAAACCGCUAGAGAAAAGAUAUAAAAAUAUUGUAAUCGCAAAAAAAAAAAUAAGUGCAGCGCAAGUUAACUACAACGCGCUGUGUUAUUUGUGUGUCACGUGUGAUAAAGCUGUGCAGCGCUUGACACAACAAAAAAAUAAGGUCUCAAAUCAGCGAAUGACGUUUAGCGCCUGCAAAUAUGCUAUAGCUAACGAUUUGGCUUGCACAAAACACAGAAAAAAACGUCGAGUUUUCAAAACAGCUGAGCGCUACAGACAAGGGCAGGUUAACGCCUAAAAGUGUGCGUGUGCUUAAUAAUAGUGAGGCCAGCUUGUGCGUGUACGCGUGUCAACGGGCGAAAGUAUGCAACGUAUUAUGUAAAACGGUUAGAAGUUAAGCAAAACGACGCGAAGGCUGUGAGAUUGUGAGUUAAAUGGAAGCUGCAAUACCGAAAGUGUUUGAAGAUUUGUGAAAAUUCGGUAUAAAGUUUAAUUAGGAAAUUUGUGAGCCGCUAAAAAGUAUGCAACGCUUUCGUUAAACACGCAAAAGUGUAAAGAUCAAACAAAUUAGUGAAAUUCACAAAGUGCAAAAUAAAAUAAAUGCUUUGAAGAUCUCAAAAAUUUGAAAAAAUAUGCUCAGCGCCUAAAACGCGGCAACAAUUUCCUCAACUCCAAGUACGGCAGUGCAAAUUGUGCCCAAAAAUCGCAAAAUUUUCGAAUAUUUAAUGCAUAUAAAUAUUACAUAUACUACGUACAACACGCUUGAGCGCCCAAAAGUCUGCGUCGUUUUAAGUGCAAAUUAAACAAAAUUGUUAGGAGAGAGCGUAAGAGAGCGUCUGGCCAUAAUAACGCUUGCCAAAAAAAAAAUUAUAUUAAAAAAGUCAUAAAUAACGCAGUAGCACGUUUUAUAGCGCCCCGUGCACAUGCACUCACACACACAUACGUACGCAAUCAACUGUAGAAAAAAUUCACCGCAUUGUGUAUAGAUGUGUACAUCGCUUGCGCGCUCUCGCAACGUGCUCUCAACUGUUUUUGCUGCUGGAGUGCGUAAAUUAUUGUGACGUCAAAAGUCAAAAUUAAAAGUGUUACUUCUUUUUUUAUAUGUAUGCGUGUUUUUUUAGAUUAUUUUGUGUAUGCGCCUAAAAGUAGACAAGCGUUGUGUGUGAAAUGUGCAAAUAUUUGCUAAGCAGCGGUGUAAAUUUUAGUGCAAUCACAAAUAAAUGUCAAACAAAUACUGAUUAGCUAAAAUAACAACAGCAACAACAACAGAUUUAAGCGCAACAUCUUCAACAAACAACAACAACAACUACAAGUAGCGAGUUUUGUAGUUCAGUAAAAAUGGAGCAACCCAGCAUAUUGGUGCGCAUUCUGCACUCAAUACCACAUGUGAAUUACACAUUUCAGCGGGUGAAUGACACCUUCAAUCCGGACAGUGAUGUUUAUCUUGAGAGCUUGGGCAUACUCGCCUCCAUACCCGCCGGUCUACUUAUAUUAUCACUCUUCGGUCUGCUAUUAUAUCUGCUAACGCGUUGUUGUGAUCGCAAGCCACGCAAACCGAGUGCACAACGUUGCCAGAGUUGCACAUUAGUCGUGGUUACGUUGAUGACAUGUGCGGCGAUUGGUUUGGGUCUCUACGGUAACGAUGAUUUCCACAAUGGCCUGCUGCAGGCUUUUAGUUCCGGCAAACAAGUCGAAGGACUCGUGCUCAAUUUAAAAAGACAGACUGAAUUAAUCAAAUUUGAUCUCGAAAUGAAAAUGUCCCAACACAAACUCGAACAGCAAAUCGAAAAAGUACAAUACAAUCAAACAGCCGUUAUGCUGCUAAUCGACACGUGUCAAUUGGUGCGCGAGAACACCUCCAGAGCCGUUACCAGUCUCGAUAAUAUGGUUUUAUAUUUUAUGAAAACGAAAGGGAGCGAAAAUGAUACAUCACUAAUGGGUUUAUUAUAUCUCGGCGAAUUAUACGAAUCAAUCCGUUGGCCCGUCACACUCGGCUUCCUCACAUUACUACUGCUGCUCUGCACCAUACUGGUGAUUGGUGUGGCGCGUCGUUCGCGUUGUGCGCUCAUCUUCUUCAGCGUAUCCGGUUUAUUUUGUAUUAUCAUCUGUUGGCUGUUGGCGGGCAUUUACCUGGCAUCCUCAGUGGCGGCGGGCGAUUUCUGUAUGCGUCCGCAUGAAUUUAUGUGCCGUCAAGUGGGCAUGCGCAGUCCAUAUGUGUAUUUUCUCAAUUGCGGUACAUUGCGUAAUCGUUUCAUAUUGCGUUUGAACGAGUCACGUGAUUUGGUGGAACGUGCGCGUGACUCCAUUUAUCUAAUACAACGCAUGAGCCAAGAGACGUAUCCCCGCAUCGAUGUGCACAAAACGCUCGAGGCCAUGGAGAAUGAUCUCGAGGAGACAAAACGUAAUUUGACUGUACUCUCGGCAACGCUCGAUCGUCGUGCCAUCGAUCGGCAUUAUGCCGAUGCCUUGCACGGCCUCUGCAGUGGCGGUCUACUCGGUUUGAGCUUGAUGAUGGUCGCCGGACUAUUGACAUCGUUUCUGCUCACCAUUUUGGUGUAUGCCGAUUCGCAUGCUUGGAUCUACUUGAGCAAACGACCCAGCUCACUGCAUAUUGAUAAGUCUGAAACCACGCCGCUUUUCCCAUCGAACGCACCGAGCGCUAGCAUUUCACCCACCGCACCACUGCAUACGGGCACCAUGAAUCGCACACUACCGCACCAUCAGCAAUCGGCAACGCAUGGCUUAGGCGCUAGCACUGGCGUUGGCGGCAUUGGCAGCAGCGGUACGCUUGGCUCACAUCGCAAUGGCACCGCUGGAAUGAGAACAGGGUUCGUCGCUACAUCAUCAUCUACAACUACAACAACCACACUACAAUACAACAAUCAUCCACAUAGAACUAACGCUAACGCUGGCAUUGGUGGUGGUGGUGGUGUUGGUAUUGUCAACAGCAAAAACACUGGCACCGCCAUCGGCAUGGUCGGCACAGCUGCCGGCAUAAUGGGCGGCCGUCUGACAGCUGGCGGCAGUGCCGGUGGGAAGGCAUCACCAUCGCCACCGCCGGGCUAUGAUGUUGUGGUGCAUGGCACAAGAUCGGGCCAUCACACACUCGGCCGUUUACCAUCGCAUCAUCAGCAGAACACAUCCGGUUAUCUGAGCGGUCCCAAUAAUGGCAAAUACGCUACACUCAGCAAACAGUGUAAGACUCUCGAAUCGAGCGAUUUUUACUGAGAAUCGCUUGCCUGCAACACAAAUGCAGGCAUCAGCAACACCAACAACGCUAACAUACUCGGCAGCAACAACAUUAGCAAUCACAUCAAGUAUCAACAACAGCAACAACAACAGCAGACCAACUCAUUGAAGAAUAUUUUCGCUUCGGCUACGUUACCACGUUCGGCUGGCUCCUCCAUACGUUCCGUAUUGUCCGCACAAGCUGUACAUCGUUCCACCGGUAAUGGUUUGGAUCGUGACGAUGAUCGUGAUCCACGUGACGUCACUAAUAACAGUUUCAAUCGUUUCGAUCCGAAGUAUAUUAGUAUUGGACCGAAGGCGGUGCGCGGCAAUAAUAAUUUGAAUAUUGUCGCUGCCGCCACAGCAAAUAAGUGUGCCACGCUGCGACAUGUUGGCCGCUACGGUGGCUCGUUGAAGGGCGCCAGCCCUUCGCCGAAUCUGCGCAGCGCCAAGACACCCUCCAUUGCGACCGUAUCGAAGGAUUACUGCCAGCAACCGGACUGCAUACCGCAAACCUAUACGACCGAAGUGAUUGUGCCACAUCAGACGCAGCAACAACAACAACAACCGCCACCACCACCAGCACCGCUGCCACCGCCAAAGCCGCGCACCACCAACACAUUCACCGAGAUACCGGGCACUACGGGUGUGGGCAGUUCAUAUGCCAAAGAGCAGCAACAGAUGUUGAUGCAGCAACAACAGUUACAACAAUUCCAGCAACAACAACAGCAACAGCAGCAGCAGCAACAACAACAACUGCAACUACAGCAGCAACAACAGCAAUUAGCCGCUCUGCAAGCAGCACAGCAACAACAAACACAACUACAAAUGCAGCAACAGCAGCCAACGCUGCACCAACAACUGCAUCAACACCACCCGCCCACGACACAUAUACUGCCACCCACGGCGGUCUAUAGCAUUGAGACGUCGGGCUAUCAGCCGCAGACGCAACAGCAGCCGACUGCGGUGCAGACACAGCACAUGCAGCAACACAUGGUUGUUGCACAACAACAACAGCAGCAACAGCAAGCACCGCCAACAGCGGCACCACGUGAGCCACCGCGACCACCGCCACAGCGUUCACUGAAUCCGGCUUCGAUAGUCAAUCAGCCACUGCCGGAGAUACCGCAGCAGGCACAGCAAUCGAAAAUCUCACCACAACCACUGUGCGCGGCCAAUCUGAAUCAGUAUCGUUCAUUGCAACGACCACAAGCACAGAAAAUGCAACUGCCCACCGCCGCAAUGCCGUCGGCACAACAGCAGCAGCAGCAACCACCAUCGUUGCCGCCGAAGAAGAAGGCUUCGCGCGAGAUAAGCACUUCGACUGCGGGCGGCACGUUAAAUGCCAAUCACCUGCAAACUUUGCCGCCGAAAUCGGCCAGUUUGCGGCAGCAACAAAACGCAAGCAACGCAUACAGUUACGAGCGAGAACGUGAGCGUGAACGCGCCGAACGUCACGAAAGACCCAGGCGCGCCGAAACGCUCGAUAAUGCGCGCACUGCUGGCAGCAGCAUGGCUUUUAUUGAUCAACAAUUCAGCAGUGGCGGCGGCGGCGGCGGCAUGAAGAAGCAGCACUCUUAUGAUUCGUAUACGCUGCAGCAACAGCAAGCGCAACGGCAUGCGGCUGCAACCACGCCCAACAAUAACUAUCACGGUGCUAUCGGUAGCAAACACCAACAGCAGCAGCAACAACAACAGCAACAAUACUUAAUUGAGGCACAACAGCAACAGCUGUACUAUCGCUCGCUAAAGCGCGGCGGCUCGCAUGCCAACAACGAUCUCUACUCGGUGACCGAAUUGUAGGAGUGUGCCUGCUGCGGU